GAAGCCGGAAGUGGAAGAUGUGGGUGCCGCUUGGGCCCGGCGCAGCACCGGGGUGCAGAGCCGGGCGCGCGCGCGCAGCACGACGCGCUUCCUGUGACGUGGGUGCCGGGGCCGCUGCGGGCCUGCUGAUCCCGCCGCGCGCACCGGCCUGGGCAGCAGCGCGGAGCCAUGGAAACGCCGCCGGGGCCUGCGGCCACAGCCCGGCGCCCAGGUGCUGGGACCCUGCCGAGAGCUGAGCAGCAGCCUGCUGAGGAGGGGCCGGUGAUCCUGGAGCUGCAGAGGACGUGCGCAGGGAGCCUGGAGGAGAGGAGCUCCCUGACCCCUGAGCCAGGCCAAGUGCAGAAGGGGCAGGGCAGGCCUCCAAAGCAGGAGGAGAGCUCGGAGCUCCGGGAGGUGUUCGAGGACGUGGCUGUGUAUUUCACGCGGAAGGAGUGGGAGCUGCUGGACGAUGAAGACAAGGUGCUUUACCAGGACCAGAUGCUGAAGAAUUACCAAGCUCUCAUUUCCCUGGGUAAAGCUCUGGGUCUUGCUUCCCCCGGAGAUUUGUGAACUCUGCAGUUUUAUAGUCACUCCCAUGUUUCAGCAGUCUCAUCCUCAUGAACUUUUGGCCGUAGGUUUAAAUCCCCUUCCUCCCCGCUGCCCUGUCAGUGAUGAGGCCUCCCUCACAUUUUAGACUGAGAUCUCCUCCUUCACUUGUGCCUUCCCAGUUCUUGUGACUCCUGGUUCUUCCAUAUGCAACAGUUUCUUGGCAACAUGAUCUCCCUUUGCCUUUCAUAGUUUCAUAGUAGGUAGGGCUGGAAGGGACAGAUCAUCAAGUCCGACCCCCUGCCGUGGCAGGAAAAAGUACUGGGGUCAAAUGACCUUGGCAAGAUGUUCAUCUAGCCUCCUCUUAAAGACUGCAUCUCAAGCCGGUCCAGAGAGGUGAUCCUCCCCCUCUGGUCAGGCCACAGUUGGAGUACUGCGUCCAGUACUGGGCACUGCACUUCAGGAGGGAUGUGGCCAGCCUGGAGAGGGUCCAGAGGAGGCCACUCGCUUGGUGAGAGGGCAGCAGGACAGGCCGUAUGAGGAGAGACUGAAGGACCUGAACCUGUUCAGCCUCAGCAAGAGGAGGCUGAGGGCGGAGCUGGUGGCUGCCUUCAAGCUCAUCAGGGGAGAUCAAUAGCAAAUAGGCAGAGCCCUUUUCUCCCCAGCACCACCUGGGGUGACGAGGAACAACGGUCAUAAGCUGAUCGAGAAUAGGUUUAGGUUAGAGAUCAGAAGGCAAUAUUUUGCAGUUAGGGUGGCCAAAGUCUGGAACCAACUUCCCAGGGAAGUGGUCCUCGCCCCUACCGUGGGCAAAUUCAAGAGAAGGUUGGAUGCUCACCUGUCUGGGGUCUUGUGAACCAGCAUCCAUUCCUGCCUGUGGCAGGGGGUCAGGCGAGAUGAUCUGGUCAGGUCCCUCCUGACCCUCGCUACUAUGAUACCCCCAGGGUAGGAGCUAGCACCACUUCACUUGGAAGUUGGUUCCAGAUCCUAGCUGCCCUGACAGUGAAGCAGCGCCUCCUGAUGUCUAGUCUGAAUCUACCCUCUGCCAGCUUUUGACCGGUAUUUCUAGUCACUCCCGGUGGUGCUCAGGGGAACAGGGACUGCCCCAAUGCCUUCUGGUCCCCCCGACUAGUUUGUAAACAGCAAAUGUUCUUCUCAGCACGUUCACGUCAUCUCCAGGUCGUUGUACACGAAUGCAGUAAGAGCUGUUCCGUGGAGGAGGAUUCUGACUUUUUCCCUGUCUGGCCUACAUACUUAACUAUCCUAGCAUGCUCUGUUCUGUGAUAUCUUCGUCCUGUUUCUCCUGCCAUUAUGGCCCAACAGAAGUUAAUAGAAAGUCUUAUCAGCCUCAGCUGCUACAACGAGAUGAGGCGUUUCCUCAACUGCUCCUCUAGCGACAUGUGUACAUGAGAUGUAACCCAGGUUUGUUUGCCGAGGGGUCCCUGGAGGUUCCUGUCCGUAUCCCUUCCUAAUAUCUUAAUCUCGUAGACCAGAGAUUCUCAAGCUCCCUCUGCCCCUCUCAGAAGUUUUCUUGUGCUCUUCCUAAAAUCCCUCUGCUGAUCGGAUGCCCAUCACUGUGAUAAUAGUUUGUUGGACCCUUGUCGGAAGCUGUCUCCGUUCUGCAUAAAGCUGUUGUGAGCAGCG